CGCCUCGCCUGACCACUCCGCCCGCUCUUCCUCUCCUUUUUCCCAAGUCCCCGGCGCCGCCGCCCGCCGUCCCCACCAAGCACCACCCGUCCGCCACCGCCACCGCCACCGCGUACCUCUCCCUCUCCACCCCCGUGCGCACCGCCUCCCCCAGCGCCUCGUCCCCCUCGCCGCCUCCUCCGGCGGACGGGGUCGGCCCCGCGGCGCCGACGCGGGACGACGUGUACCUGGGGCGGCAGCUCGCGGCCGCGGCCUUGGUGGGCGCCCGCACGCGCGCGCCGGAGGAGGAUGUCGAGAGGCGCCGCCGCCGCAAGAAGAAGCGGAGGGCCCUGGCCAGACGCCCUCCGGCGUCGCCUGCUGCUACAGCUGCGGCGCCCCGCUGCACACCGACGAGGAGGGGUCUCCCGGCCACGUCGAGCCCGCCACCUGCGACCUGAAGAAGAGGCACAACCAACUAAAGACCGUGAUAUGCGAGCAGUGCAAGCUGCUGUCGCACGGAAGGUGUUUGACAAAAUGACCAAGUAAGGUUGAGUCCUGGGAGCUACUCUAGAUGCUGUCGAGUUGCGAGCAUAUUUUGGGUAAGCAGCAGCAGAAUAGCAGAUUCAGCAGAAUAGCAUAUUUUCUUGAGUUACUCGAGGAAAUUCACACGAGAGAGAGAGAGAGACACCGCGAUCGACCACAACAAUGACACUGUUCACAGUAAUGGAUAAUUACAAGAACGUUCCUCAAUUCCUCUACGACUUAAGCCCAUCUCAGAUGGAAAUGUUUAUGACUGAUGACAACCCUUAUAAUCGGCAGUCAAAGAAAGUUACAGAGUCAAAUCUUAACAGUUCCACAUCGAACCUUCCAGACUCAACCGGACGGCCAUUCACAACAUCCUUUUCUGGCCAAUCUGGAUCAGUUCAAGGUUUCCAUCACUCUGGUCUGCACAACAUUCAUGGAAAUUAUAGUCUUCCAAAUAUGCCUGGAUCACUUGCACAAAGGAAUGCUGCGAUGAGUGGCCUUCCAUCCUCCGGUGUUCAACAGCCUGGAGGGAGCAUUUCUGGGAGAUUUGCUUCAAACAACCUCCCUGUUGCCAUGUCUCAGAUUCCUCAUGCACAUUCAGGUGUCAGUGGUAGAGGAAUGAAUGUUGGUGGAGGUCAAGCAUUCAGCAGUGGAAUGAACAUGGGUGGUACCAUUCAAGGUUUAUCCUCAAACUUGGGCACCAGUGGUAAUCGAAAUUCUGUUCCUGGCAAUCCAGCUUUAGGAAACCUGGGUCCACGUAUUACAAGCUCCACGGGAAACAUUGUGGGUGGAAGUAACAUUGGAAGAAACAUAAGCUCUGGUGGAUUGUCGGUGCCAAGUAUCUCAUCACGCAUCGAUUUUAGUGGCAAUGCUGCAAGUGGAAGACUAAAUGUGCAAGGAUCUAACAGGAUGAUGAAUGGCCUUAUUCCGCAAGGAUCGUCGCAACUGAUGAAUAUGAUUGGAAGCUCAUACCCAACGUCUGGUGCUUCAUUGUCCCAGAACCAAAUGCAACCAGUAAAUAGUUCUUUGGGUUCUAUAGGGAUGCUACAUGACGCCAGUGACAGCGCUCCAUUCGACAUCAAUGAUUUCCCCCAAUUGACUGGUCGACCUAAUUCAGCUGGUGGUCCACAGGGACAAUAUGGAUCACUACGGAAGCAAGGAGUUGGUGUUAACUCCAUUGUUCAACAAAACCAGGAGUUCAGUAUUCAGAACGAAGAUUUCCCCGCUUUGCCAGGAUUUAAAGGUGGCAGUUCAGAUUAUCCUAUGGAGUUACAUCACAAGGAACAGCUUCAUGAGAAUGUGCCUGUAAUGCAAGCACCACAAUAUCCUAUGUCAAGGUCAGUUGGGUUUAAUUUGGGAAGUAAUUACCAACCAAAUCGUCAGCAACAUCAGCAGGGUGCUGCUAAUUCAAUUCAGAGCGGUGGGCCCCAAAAUAUUGGACUAAGACCACUAAACUCUCAGAGUCAAACUUCUAGCUUGGGAUCAUACGAGCAACUGCUCCAGCAAUACCAGCAGCCGCAGACUCAGAGUCCUUUCAGGUUGCAGCAGAUGUCUUCUUCAGCUGCACAGACAUAUGCGGAUCAUGGUCUAAAGCCCAUUCUGGGAGGCCGAACCCCACCUGAUCCAUACGGCUUGUUAGGAUUGCUGGGAGUUAUAAGGAUGAAUGAUCCUGAUUUGUCAUCUCUUGCUUUGGGAAUAGAUUUGACAACGUUGGGUUUGAAUUUGAAUUCACCCGACAAUCUGUACAAGACAUUUGGCUCUCCAUUUUCAAAUGAACCAGCAAAAGGAGAACCCGAAUAUACUACUCCAGCUUGUUAUGUGGCUGAGCAACCCCCAGCACUACAGCCUAUGCAUUUUCAGAAGUUUCAGACACUCAUACUGUUAUACAUAUUCUACAGCAUGCCGAAGGAUGAAGCUCAAAUAUGUGCGGCCAAUGAACUAUAUAAUCGUGGAUGGUAUUACCAUAAAGAAGCACGGCAAUGGUUCACAAGAAUUCCUAACAUGGAGCCUCUUGUCAAAACUCCUACAUAUGAACGGGGGUCUUAUGCCUUCUUUGAUCAAGGCAAUUGGGAGACAGUCCGUAAGGAUAACUUUGUUCUCCAUUAUGAGCUAGUAGAGAAAAGGCCAAGUCUCCCUUCCGCAUCCCAAAUUGUUAGGUACCUCCUGACUCUAGCUUUCUUGUACAUGAAUAGGGAGCUUUCUUUACAAACAUAGUGAAGCGACAUUGCUCUAAUUUGUCAAGCAGGCCAGGCUAUAUAUGUAGUGAAUGAAUGAGGAAAGUAUCUUGUCAGUCAUGUCGAUAUGCGGAGAGGAGGCUACAGCAGGAAGAGAAAAAAAAGGUGGUGUUUGUAAUUAUGGUUGUUAGGAGGAAAAUUAAAGGAUGGAUGGAUGGUACAAUUGGGCAUUAAACUUUACAUUACAUUUACAUAGCUGCUGCUGCUGCUGCUGCUUCUUUUUACAAUCAAUGAUGGGGAGUCUACAGUACACCCUGUAUGUA